AAAAAAAUUCAAAUAUAACUCUAACACAUUAUGAAAGUUGCAGUUGUUUCAGGUUCCCUUGAACCCAAUCAAUUGACUAAAGUUGCUGAUAUUGAACUCCCCCCUAUUAAACCCAACCAAUUGCUUAUCAAAUCAGAAGCAUUCGCAAUCAACCCUACCGACUGGAAACACAUUGUGUCGCACAAAAGUAAACCAGGUAAUAUCGCUGGUUGCGAUGUCAGUGGAACUGUUGCUGAAGUUGGAUCAGAAGUUACAGGAUUUAAAGUGGGUGAUCAUGUUAGUUCGUUCAUUCAUGGAAACACUCAAGAUUUCGUAGGGGCAUUCGGAGAGUACGUGAUUGCUAACAAUAAGGCUAUUAUCAACUAUGGCCGUGAAUUGAAACAUAGUGAUAAUACCGAACCAGGUACAAUCGAUUCAUUUGAAGGCGCUGCUAGUGUUACCUUGGGAUUAGACACUGUAGCACUUUCAUUUGCGUAUGAAUUAGGAAUUGAUUAUGACAAAACUAAGAAUAAAGACAAGUUUAUUUUGAUCUGGAGUGGUGCUACUGCUACUGGUAUCCUCGCUAUUCAAGUUGCCAAGCUAAUCUAUGGUUUACAAGUGAUUACUACCGCCUCCCCUAAGAACCAUGAAUUCUUAAAAUCGUUGGGUGCAGAUUAUUUAUUCGACUAUAAAGAUGCCGAAGUUGUUGAUAAGAUCAAAGAAGUAGGCAAGGGUAAAAUUGUCUACGGGUUAGACACAAUUGCUCUGGAUGAAACUUUCCAAAAGUUGUAUGAUGCCACUGAAGGGGCCCCAGAAGUAUUUUUGGAUUCAUUAUUGGGCAAGGAUGCAAAGCAUAUUGUCACUGAUCCUAAGCGAGUUGUUCAUUAUGGUCAUACCGUUGCUUAUUUGGCAUUUGACAAGGAAUAUAUCUUGGGUGAUGGAAUCAAGGUUUAUCAAGAGCCAGAAAUGGUAACCAAGUUUGAUGAAUUUUGGACAAAGUACUUGCCAAAGUAUAUCCAUCAAAUCAAACAUUCCCAUUUGUUGAUUUUGAAGCCAGGUUUGGAGAGUGCUGCCGAAGGUUUGGAAUUGCUCAGACAAGGAAAAAUUUCUGCAAAGAAAGUUGUAUUUACAUUGUAAUAUUCUUGUUUCUUUUUUUUUUUUUGCAGCUAUUAUUUACACUUGUUUUCUUAGAUGUCUAUAAAUAAAGAGUUGAUAGUAAAUUUAAGUGUGGAGCAU